UAACCCAAAUGCACCCUUUGCAUAAAACAAUCAGAAACCUGCAAGGCUGCAACCUAACAUUUCUCUUUUGCCAUUUUGGAAAAUGGCGUCUCGUUAUAGAUCUCUCUCGAGGUCGAGCAUUUCUCUGCUCAAAUCCGCUGUGAACAAGCCCACCCUUAAACCCAAUCCUAUUCCUUCCUCACAGCUCCUUUCUCGCUCAUUUCUUACAUCUCCAAGGUCAGUUCCUCAGUUGAGUGCUCUCCAAUCUCUGCUUCCCUUGCACUCGGCGGUCUCUUCAGCUCGGUUAACUUCGUGCCUUGGCAUCGAUUCGAGGAGCUCCCGCUCGUUGUCUCAGGGUAUGCUCUGCAGUGCCAACCCAGGAGUUUGAUAAUCUCCAAUCUUUUUGUUUUAAACUAGGUCUCAGUGUGCCGCGAUAACAAGAUCCCAGAUGGAAAGAUUGCUGACAGAUCGCAGUCAGCGGCGUCUCGUCAGUAACAUCCUUUCUAUGUAUAACAGUUCCAUCUAAAGAGGCAUUAUCUGCAAGAUCUUGACAAUUUUUGUUUUCUUUUACAUGGUAUGUUGAAACAUCAAUUUCAUACAAUGCUUCUAAUAUUGCCAUUUACCCUAUUCUACUUGCAUACUGUUCUUGAAUUUUUCUUCUUCUUUUUGGUACUUCGUAGCAUUGAGAAAUAAAAUUUCAAUUCAAUCCCUA